AAACAAGCGCCGACAUGCAGAACGGCCGCCUUUUGGGAGCAAGCCACAAUGCCAAGAUGAACGUCUAACAACUCAAUUGUCAAGAUUGCGAAACGCGCGAGCCGUUGGUUGGAGUCCACGAGUUAUCUCAUUAAGAGCUGGAGUGCCCUGAAAAUGAUCUGGAUACAUGCCAGAUUUCAUGAUUGCUUUCUUGCUGUCUCCCUACUCGUACAUCAUCAUCAUCCUCAUCCUCAUCCUCACCCCACCUCCAACAUUCCAAGUCCAUCUCGACGUGCUCCUAUUUCAGCGCUUUUCGCGGAAAGGGUUUUACCCCUCUCAACGAAUGGGCCAGUGGCUCUGCCCAAUCCUGCUUUCCAGCUUGAGCAGAUCGCCACAAAAAGGUUGUCUCAAUGGCUUCUUCAUUACAGGGCAUAGUGUCCGUUCCUGGCGUAUGAGGUUGUCCUCCGGGGUGCCAGAGCUCUGGGUCCUGCUCAUGCACGAUCUGUGCAACUCGGUACUGCGUUGAGCUGCGGUGGCUCUAUUUCUUCUGAAACAAAAAAUGUUCAAUGGCAAAAGACCUCCCA